GAAACUGGCGCCUAGCGGCCCUUGCCGGUGCGGGGCGCCGUCCUGAAGCCUCCUCAGCCUCGGGCGCCGGGAAUAGCCAGGAAUUGGCGCUCUCCUGGCGCCUGGGCCGUCCACACCAUUGGCAGCCUUGGAAACCGAGUCUGAAACCGAGCCUUGCCCUGCUGUUUCGGCCCGUCCUGCUGCGGAAAGGCCCGGCACGCCCCUCUGCAGUGCAGCCUAGGGAGGCUGGACAGACCCCCCCACCCCACCCCCGGAGCGUAGAGUGCUGCGAUGGGUCCCAGCUCCCCUGUCCCUGAGUUGCCACGUCUGACUGCAAAGGCUGCAGUGACAGUUCUUGAGUCACAUUAACAAUAAAUGUAAAUGUUAAUGUGUCUGUGCCAUGUCUCAACCGGCACUCUGUAAACAUUUGGCUCGGUACUAGCUACCUUAGUAAGACCUCAUCUUCCCUUGGGAGGGAGAGAGCACUGGCAGCUGCUGAGCAACCUGAAGACGACUGUGGAGGGCUUGGUGUCAGCCAACUGCCCCAAUGUCUGGUCCAAAUAUGGCGGCCUGGAGCGGCUUUGCAGGGACAUGCAGAAUAUCUUGUAUCAUGGGCUCAUCCAUGACCAGGUCUGUUGCCAGGCUGAUUACUGGCAGUUUGUGAAAGACAUCCGGUGGCUCAGCCCACACUCAGCCCUUCACGUUGAGAAGUUCAUCAGUUUGCAUGAGAGUGGCCAGGGCGACACUGACAGCGUGAGUGAGCGUGCUGUCGCAGAGCUGUGGCUGCAGCAUAGCCUGCAGUGCCACUGCCUCUCAGCCCAGCUCCGGCCUCUGCUUGGGGACAGACAGUACAUCAGAAAAUUCUAUACAGAAGCUGCCUUCCUGCUGAGUGACGCCCACGUCACGGCCAUGCUCCAGUGUCUAGAAGCAGUGGAGCAGAACAAUCCCCGUCUUCUGGCUCAGAUCGACGCAGCCAUGUUUGCCAGAAAGCAGGAGAGCCCACUGCUGGUCACAAAGAGCCAGAGUCUGACCGCUCUGCCUGGUUCCACAUACACUCCUCCAACUAGCUAUGCUCAGCAUUCCUACUUCGGGUCGUCCUCCAGCCUUCAGCAGUCCACGCCACAGUCCUGCCACAGCUCAGAGAGAAGAUCUACUUCCUUUUCACUCUCUGGCCCUUCCUGGCAACCUCAAGAAGACAGAGAAUGCCUCUCACCAGCAGAGACUCAAACCACCCAAGCUCCGCUGCCUUCAGACUCCACUCUAGCCCAGGAUUCCCCACUCAGCGCACAGGAGAUGAGCUCCAGCACUCUGACUAGCCCCCUAGAGGCAUCCUGGAUCAGCAGCCAAAAUGACUCCCCAAGUGAUGUCAGUGAGGGGCCGGAGUACCUGGCCAUUGGCAACCCAGCCCCUCAUGGCCGGACCGCCAGUUGCCAGAGUCACAGCAGCAACAGUGAGAGCAGCAGCUCUUGCUUGUUCUCCUCCAGCAGCUCUCUAAAGCCAGCGUCUGCUGCCUCCUCUCUAGGGGACCAAGAGGCAGGCGGGCAGGGGCAAGCAGGCAGCGUCCCUCGCAGGUCCAGCUUCUCAGAAGGGCAGACAGCCUCUGUCACCAGCGGGACAAAGAAGAGCCACAUUCGCUCCCACUCGGAUACCAACAUUGCCUCCCGAGGAGCCGCAGAGGGUGGUCAGUACCUCUGCUCAGGAGAAGGCAUGUUUAGAAGACCGUCAGAAGGACAGUCCCUCAUCAGUUACCUCUCUGAGCAAGACUUUGGCAGCUGUGCAGACCUGGAAAAGGAAAACGCCCACUUCAGCAUCUCUGAGUCCUUGAUUGCCGCCAUCGAGCUGAUGAAAUGCAACAUGAUGAGCCAGUGUCUAGAAGAAGAAGAGAUAGAGGAGGAAGAUGGUGACAGAGAGAUCCAGGAACUGAAGCAGAAGAUCCGCCUUCGGCGCCAGGAGAUCCGCACCAAAAGCUUGCUCCCUGCAUACCAGGAGACUGAGGCUGGAAGCUUCCGGGUCACCUCCAGCAGCUCCCAGUUCAGUUCACGUGAUUCUACACAGCUCUCAGAGUCCGGCUCUGCUGAGGAUGUUGACGAAUUUGAAAUCCAAGAUGCUGACAUCCGGAGGAGUGCAGUCUUGAACGGCAAAUCGUCCUUCUCCCAGAAUUUCUCGCACUGCUUCCUGCACUCCACGUCGGCUGAGGCGGUGGCCAUGGGGCUGCUGAAACAGUUUGAGGGGAUGCAGCUUCCAGCUGCCUCGGAGCUCGAGUGGCUGGUCCCAGAGCACGACGCUCCACAGAAGCUCCUGCCUAUUCCUGACUCCCUGCCCAUCUCUCCAGAUGACGGACAGCAUGCCGACAUCUACAAGCUGCGGAUCCGUGUCCGUGGCAACCUGGAGUGGGCUCCACCCCGGCCUCAGAUCAUUUUUAACGUUCACCCAGCCCCCACGAGGAAGAUUGCUGUGGCCAAGCAGAACUACCGCUGUGCGGGAUGUGGCAUCCGGACCGACCCUGAUUAUAUCAAGCGGCUGCGGUACUGUGAGUACCUGGGCAAGUACUUCUGCCAGUGCUGCCACGAAAAUGCCCAGACAGUUGUCCCCAGCCGCAUUCUGCGCAAAUGGGACUUCAGCAAGUACUACGUCAGCAACUUUUCCAAGGACCUGCUCAUUAAGAUCUGGAAUGAUCCUCUCUUCAAUGUGCAGGACAUCAAUAGCGCCCUCUACAGGAAGGUCAAGCUGCUCAACCAAGUCCGGCUGCUGCGAGUUCAACUGUACCACAUGAAGAACAUGUUUAAGACAUGCCGACUGGCCAAAGAACUCCUGGACUCCUUUGAUGUGGUUCCAGGCCACCUGACAGAGGACCUCCAUCUGUACUCCCUGAACGACCUGACUGCAACUAAGAAGGGAGAACUGGGGCCCCGGCUGGCUGAGCUCACCAGAGCAGGAGCCGCCCAUGUAGAGAGAUGCGUGCUGUGCCAGGCCAAGGGCUUCAUCUGUGAGUUCUGCCAGAAGGAGGAUGACAUCAUCUUUCCUUUUGAGCUGCAUAAGUGCCGGACCUGUGAAGAGUGUAAAGCCUGUUACCAUAAAAGCUGCUUCAAGGCCGGAAGCUGCCCGCGGUGUGAGCGGCUGCAGGCCCGACGGGAGCUGCUGGCCAAGCAGAGCCUGGAGUCCUACCUGUCCGACUAUGAGGAGGAGCCCACGGAAGCCUUGGCUCUAGAGGCCACUGUCCUGGAGACCACGUGAGGAGUGACCUAAGCCCUUUGUUUAAGGGUCUGGCCAGGGUCAGAUAGAGACUGAACCCCACCUUCAAGAAGGUGGGGCCUUUUAAAAAAUAUAUUGUCAUUUUUUAUGACUUGUCUGCUGUCCAGGUGUAGGCAACCUUUAUUGGUUGAUGGAUCCAGUCAAUUGUAACAGAUAUCUGUGAACAUUGGGUAUUUUCAUCAGAACUGACACUCGGAGUGCUUCUUGUCAGGGGAAUGGACAUCAGACCCAGUUCUGACACGCUUGGUCUCUCCCACCAGGACCAGACCUGGUUACAGCUGCAGCUCAAAGAUCAGUCCCACUCUGACUUAGUUUCUCGGCGUCUGAGCCAGGCCUUUCUCAGCCAACAGCCUUCUCCUUUGCUGCUGAAACAGGAGAAUGGUCUUUUCUCCAUCCUAGUCCUAAAAGAAGAUAAGACUGUGCCCUGAGGCACGGAGAGAAAGGGGGUACACGGCGGGUACUCUGUCUGACCACUUAGGUACGGGGGCAGGCAGAUAGGCACAGGACCAUCCUUGUUCUAGAAUCCUCGGGAUCUCAAGGGCAGCCAUGGCUUCUGUGUUUCAAAUACCCCUGGCAUAGGUGGGCACAAGCUGGUUUGUGUGCUCUGAUGGGCUGGAAGCAAAGAACAGGCUACAGGCAUAAGUGUGGCUGCAGCUGGUGCUUACAGAUAGAAGAACAGAUAGAAGGCCUCCUGGGUGCUCAGUCUCAGUAACUAGUGUGAGUGCAGGUGUGCUUCAUGCUCAGGAAGGUCCCGGUGCAGCCCAAGGCGAGGAUAGAAGCCCCACCCACCAUCUUAAUAGUGGGUUCCUUACUGCUCUGAACAACUGUGGGACCCUUGUGGUUCUAAGUGCAGGUAUGACCCAACUCCAUUCCCCCAGCAGAGCUGCAGCUCUUCGUCUUGGCUGAUUUCUUGCCUUAGUUUCUUUUCUCAGAGUUGGGGGAGGCCAGCCCACUAGUAGCACUAGGGCACUUGACAGUUUGUGAAUGUGUCUGUUUGCUCAGUGUAACAGGAGCCUUUAUGCAGUUAACUCUUGAGCCUUGGUAAUAUAUGUUGAACCAUCCAUUUCAUGUUACUAAUUUUAAUAGACUCUUCCCUUAUCACCUAAUGUGCAUUUUUGUCCUGUGGGAAGUGUCCUGGUCUAGGCUGCACUUGUGGUGGUGUUUGAGCUGCAGCAGCACCUAACCUUGGUAAGCACUGGUCAGGGUCGCCUCUCAGAGCCUGGCAGGUCUGUGAACUAACAUCCACAGCGCUCUCAUUCUGAGCUGGCCUGUGUCUUCCUGUACUUGGCCUCAAGUAAAAUCAUUGGUCCAGGCAGUGCCCCAAGACAUCAAACGGAGUUGCACCUUGUUGGUGGAAGCAGACAGGUAGCUGAGCUUAGAGGGAACAAGGAGGCAGAGGGGACAUGAUGUGACAGCCAAGCGGAGCUCUAGCCGAGCAAGAGGGAACAUGCUGGGCUGGUUCCAAGGUGUGGCUCCUCUGCCUCACACUUGGGUUCUGACUACUACAUGGGCUGUAGGCGAUGAGGCAGAAAGCCAAGGCCAAAGCCAGUUCUGAAGAGCUGGUUGGAAAUCCCUUCCAGCGCAGUGAUCUCUGAGUCAGACCUUGGACUCGGACUCUUGACUCCAGUUCCUGGCUGACUUCCCGUCCAGCUGCUCACUGACGUCACCACACUGGAGGAGCCUUCCACCCAUGCUCCCAGUCAGCACAGGCUCAAGCAGUCUCUCGCCCACUUGGCUGUUUCCCACCUCCCCCAGCCUGUCACAUACCUGACAGCUCCUGGGUCUGCUAUCAUUACUGACCAAAUACCCGUGUUUGUUUAUUUGGGAGUGGGGGAGAAGGAGCAGGGGGUGUGGUGAAAGCACUUUGUCCCUUCAUAGUGACUGAGGAUCCCCUGCUGUGGGAGGAGAGGCUCCCAGUGCACUGAUGGGAGCAUAGCUCUGUAGGGAGGGGACAGCUCCAAGUGUCCUGCACUUAAGAGGCUCUUCCUCUUCCUCUGCUGAGGGCUGGAGAGCUUUUGCCGAACUAACAGAAAAGGAGCAAGAGUCUAAAUAAAAACGCUGUUUGUGUACCACCUGUGUGUAGAACUGGGUUCUCACCUGCUGUAAUUUAUGCACAUCCUGACAGUACAUGGUCAUCUUUAAUAAACUAAGGAAAAUAAAUUUUGCCUUUUAUUUACUUGCCUUGA